AGCAACAUCUAAGCCCAUAAUUCGUGCGUCGUGUCCUCCUCACUGCAAUCCCGUGCCCUUUCGUCAGGGGGGCCUGACCGAUGCCGAGCACAACUUUGCAGCCGUAAGCUUAUAAGAUGGAUGUAGGUGCUUCAAGCAAUAUAGGGGCUGGGACAGCCGGACAAGGAGACGCGCGCAGGAGCCAGGGCGAUGUGGGCCCAGCUCGCAACACCGGCGUUUCGCGGUUCGUGCCAAGGCGCGCUGUGAGCCCUGGUACAACUCGGAUAUCAGCUACUUCUAUCGCCAACACUCUGCAGCCCGCGACCGGGCCCCGGCCGCGCGACAAGUUCGUACCGCUGCCCGACGCGAACCGCAAGCCGCAAGUGGUGACGGAGGAGCGGGAUGAGGACCUGGCGCGCGGGGACAGCGAGUCGGAGCUGCCGCUAAUCGUUCAGAAGCGCGGGCGCAUUACUGUGGUGACUGUCGCGGAAUCCUUCAACCGCAAAGCGCUGGAGGCAGCGUUGCAGCAGAUAGGCGCGAUCGCCGCGCCCGCCACGCCCUUGCCCAUUCUCGGUGGCGGCGGCGGCGGCGGCGGCCAUGCCGGUGCCAGCACCGCCGGCGGCGGCGCAGCGGGCAGUAUGGGCGCCAAUGCGUCACUGGCAGGCUCCGCAUUCGCCGCGUUCGCCGCAGGCGGCGGCGGCGGUGCCGGCUUCAGCGGCAGUUACGGCGGCGGCGGCGCGAGCGCGCCUGGCGGCGUGCUGGCUAGCGCUGCCUCCAUUGGUGACAGCGCCAGUACGAGCAUGACGGGGUUGUCGGCGGCGGCGGCGGCGGUUGACGCGCUGCAACUGCCGCUGCCGCUGACCUCGGGCGGGGCGGCGGCGGCGCCUGGCGGCGGUGGCGGUCGUGGUGGCGGUGGUGGCGGCGCAGGGGGUAAGGAGCCGGCGGGAGGGGCGGCGGCGGCCGCGGCGGCGGCUGUGGCCGCGGCGGAGGCGGCGGGCGUGGGUCCGGGGGUGGGUGUGAUGACGGCGCUUACGUCGUACCCGGAGGUGACGUACGUGCGUACGGCGUACGGCGAGGCGGCGGAGGCGCCCGGGGAGGUGUUCUUCUUUGACUACGGCGUGGUGGCUCUGUGGGGCAUGACGGAGGCUCAGGAGCAGGCGCUGCUGGGCCGCGUGCUGGGCUGCCGCGGCGUGGCGGUGGAGCUGCUGGACGAGGACGAGAAGCAGGUCGAGGAACUGCUGUUUGUGUACAGCCGCGAUGCCAAGCCGCACAUCAGCAACGACACAUUCACCAUCGACAUCCGCCAGGCAGCGGACCACAAGGUCAAGAUGGCCAUCAGCCACGCGCUGGCGCAGUCCUCCAAGCUGGCGGUGUACGAGCGGCGUAUGGUUGGGCUGGUGGAGGAGGUGCGCCACAUCCCGGGCGAGAUGGCGGCCACGGGCGCCAUCAGCAUGAGCAGGAGGAACGUGGCCAAGGUCAUGGGCAAGGUGUUCCUGCUCAAGGCGGCUGUGAACCUGACCGCCACCAUGCUAGACACACCCGAGUUCUUCUGGCGCGCACCCGACAACCUGCAGGACACGUACGAGAACACGUGCGCCUACCUGGACCUCCAGGGUCGGCUGGACACACUCAACUCCCGCUUCAUGGUGCUUCAGCGCAUGUUGGACAUCUGGUCCGACCACUCGGCUCAUCAGAACCUGGCACGCCUGGACGUCAUCAUUGUGGUGCUCAUCCUCAUAGAGGUGGUUAUGGCGGCGAUCGAGGUGGUGGGGUUCGUGCUGCGGCGCAAGGGCUGGGUGUGGCACGGCCCCAAGCUGUGGGAGCUCAUCUGGGGGCGCCGCCACCACCCGCACCACAUGCCGCCGGCGCCGUACGGCCCGUAUGGUGGUGGGGAGGGGGCGGGGGAGGGGGGGCUAGGAGGGCUGGGGAUGGAGGUGCUGGGUAUGGGCGUGGGCAUGGCUCUGGAGGGCGUGGCGGGUUUGUUGGGGCAGCAGCCAGGGGAGGGGCCCGGACCGUACAUGUGAGCAAGGGGAAGGGUGAGGAAGGGCGAGGAAGGGUGCGGAAGGGUGAGGAAGGAUGAGCAAGGGAGUGCAAUGUUGAGUACGCGUGCAAGGGAAUCAGAACGAAUACGCGAAUCCUGAGUGUGUGGUGACGGAGUGUGUGGCGUUUGCGGUGUGUUUUGAUGUGGGUUAGGUGAGGCUGUGAGUUGUUUGGGUGGGUUUGAGGAGUGGGAGGUUACCGUGUCUGACUCGAGUUCUUUUGCAUUUGCUGGCUGGUUGGCCAGUGUGCGUGGCUCAGCCGCUGGUGAAGGCUGGGCUGUUUGGACAUCCCCCUAUGCUUGGGGAUAUGCAGGUCUUGAACGUGCGUCUGUUGCUGGCUGGCAAUGGUUUUAUACGAUUACUAUGACUUAUGGACGUGGUGAAUAAUCGCAUGUGGCCAGGCGCGGGGUGGAAUGCAACCGCGUGUGGGGGCAGGGGGCCGCAAUGAGACUGCAACUGCUGCUGGCAAUGUAGCAUGGGCAUUUGGACCUUACGACCAGGUCGAGCAGGGUAAUUCGAGAAGGGUACGUAGGCAGCAGACGUAUCUGUUGCAGCACACGAGCCGGUCACGCGGAGGGCCAGCUGGCUAGGGCGCAAGGGCUGGCAAGGGCUCGGCGCCAUGCCGCCAUUGGGCAUCCGCCAUUGCGACAGUCGGACAGUGUAUGCCGCAGCACUGUGCCUCAGUGGCUCAGUGCAUCAGCGCUCUCGACCUCUCGUGGCCUCGCAGGACUGUGAACCCAGGAGACAAGUGGGCCUGGCUGGGCCCUUUAGGCACGUCCACGUCGUUGCCACGCCCCAGUACGGUACCGGACGCAGGUGCCGUCGGCGCGUGGCUUUGGGCCUCCGCAGUUCGCACAGCAGGGCUGCAGGGGCCACGGUGUGUAGGCCAAGACCCUCUCCUGGCCAUGCCUGUACCCUGUGUUACCGCCUUACCGGUACUUGAAUCU